CGCCCAGCGACGACGACAUUGACAACCAGCCCUUCAACGGAAUCGCCAGUUCCCUAAUUCAAAAUGACGAAGGGUACCUCCAGCUUUGGCAAGCGCCACAACAAGUCCCACACCCUCUGCCGGCGUUGUGGCCGCCGCUCCUUCCACAUCCAGAAGUCGACCUGUGCUUCUUGCGGCUACCCUGCUGCUAAGACCCGCAAGUUCAACUGGGGUGAGAAGGCCAAGAGACGCAAGACCACCGGCACCGGCCGCAUGAGGCACCUGAAGGAGGUCCACCGCCGCUUCCAGAACGGCUUCCAGAUCGGCACUCCCAAGGGUGCUCGUGGCCCCGAGGCUCACUAAAUUCUUCGGCGUCGCGGUUUCGUUUUUUUCGAAGAGGGGCUGGGAGGAGGUCAUGUCACACUUAGCAUUUCGCAGCAAAACAUGUCUUAAUGCAAAGUGAAUGAAUGUUGAACAAAAAAAAUUUGGGGCUUCAGUGUGGAUCCGAUUCCUCUCUUCGCCGUUAUAGAAUUUUUCUUCUCCAAAAAAAAAAAGAAAACGAACAACGUGCCACCGAGGACGAUAGGGUUGUCGGGAAAGUUAGUGUGUGUGGCUUCGGUGCA